GGACCCUUCCGGGGAGAAGGAAAGGACAAGAUGGCGGCGGUGACCGCGGCGGUGAGGGCGAGCGCGGCGACGGCGGCGCGUAUCAAGCGGUUCGCGGUGUACCGGUGGGACCCGGACAAGCGCGGGGAGAAGCCCCGGAUGCAGACCUACGAGGUGGACCUCAGCAAAUGCGGCCCGAUGGUGCUGGACGCCCUGAUCAAGAUCAAGAACGAAAUAGACCCCACGCUCACCUUCCGGCGCUCCUGCAGGGAAGGGAUCUGCGGCUCCUGCGCCAUGAACAUUGGAGGCGGGAACACUCUGGCCUGCACUAAGCGCAUCGACACCGACCUCGGACGCACCACCAAGAUCUACCCGCUGCCCCACAUGUUUGUGGUCAAGGACCUCGUUCCCGACCUGAGCAACUUCUAUGCCCAGUACAAGGCCAUCCAGCCUUUCCUGAAGAAGAAGGACGAGUCCCGCCAAGGCCAGGAGCAGUAUCUCCAGUCCAUCGAGGACCGGGAAAAGCUGGACGGACUGUACGAAUGCAUCCUCUGCGCCUGUUGCAGCACCAGUUGCCCCAGUUACUGGUGGAACGGGGACAAGUACUUAGGCCCCGCUGUUCUUAUGCAGGCCUACCGCUGGAUGGUGGACUCUCGCGACGACUUCACGGCCGAGCGCCUGGCCCAGCUGCAGGACCCCUUCUCCCUCUACCGCUGCCACACCAUCAUGAACUGCACCCAGACCUGCCCCAAGGGCCUGAAUCCCGGCAAAGCAAUUGCAGAGAUCAAGAAGAUGAUGGCCGCCUACCAGAAGAAGGAGGGAGCCGCCACCGCCUAGACCUGCGCUUGACCCUUUUGCAUGGCUUUGCACUGGAGACUCUUUUUCCAGGGUCUCCUCUCUGUAGAUAAGAUGGGUGAUAUGUAUCUAAUGGACUAAUAAAGCUCUCCUUCACAAGCU